AAGAUUUGUCAUCCAAGUCUUGACUCGAUUUUGCACUCCCUGGGUUCUUGGUCCAGCCACAGGUCAAAGGUACCCUGGAACUGGUAAACUUUUGAUGUAGAUUACCCACAAGCCUUUGCCUUUUUUACUGUACUUUUGAGACCACUUCCCUUAAGGAGUCUAGAGACCGUCUGGAAUCAUGCCUCUCUCAGGAACACCAGCUCCACCCAACAAGAGGAAAAAGGUCACCAAGAUGAUCACUGACCUGUCACACAUAAACCAGAACGAGUAUGAUUUAGAGCCUCACGUGUCAGAGUUUGACCUGGGAAGAAAGAUCGGGACACCCAAAGAUAUCAUGCUGGAGGAACUGUCACUUUUGAACAACAAAGGAUCAAAGAUGUUCAAGAUGAGGAAGCAGCGUGUGGAGAGGUUUAUCUAUGAAAAUAACCCUGACGUCUUCACUGGUGACACCAUGGAAAACUUCCAGAGGUUUGUGCCCGGCCUGGGGGGGCAAAUGAUAAAUAUUGGUGGCCGCCUGGUUUGUGGACAGAUGGUCGGCCAUGCUGGUGGGACUGGCCAAGCACCAGUGCCUCCUCCUAAACCAGGGAGCCAUGGAGCAAGGGGUGGGCUGCUAGCAGGUGGGCUUGCUGGUGGUGCAGGUGGUGCUGGUGGUGCAGGGGGUGCUGGAGGGGUGGCAGGAGCAGGAGGGAUGGAUGGUGUUUCAGGAGAUGCCUCACUGAGCAAUGAUCAUUCUAAAGCUGCUUCAGAAAAGGCUAAGAAAAAAGCUGAGUAUUCGAAGACAUACAUUUCACCAUGGGAAAAGGCUAUGAAAGGAAACCAAGAUCUUCUAGCCACAAUGAAGCCUUAUAUGCCAGCACCAUGUACUUAUUCGGAGCUGUGCAAAUAUAAGUGCUUCAACAGGAGUGCAAUGCCCUAUGGAGGCUUUGAUAAAGCUGCUCAGCUGAUGACCUUCCAGAUGCCAGACAUUGAUGUGGCGACCGAGGAGCCUCAACCGGUAGUGGUGUACCAGCAUGAUAUAAAUGCACGUCCCUCCUUCAACCGCACACCCAUUCCCUGGGCAGGUAGCGGUGAACCAGGCAGCAUUCACUUGGAGUUGGAUGCAAUACCAUUUGAGACGGAGACUGAUGACCUGUGAACGUGUCAUCCUUUAAUCAACCCUAAAAAAGGAUUUAUGCCUGUCCUUUUACUCUCAUAACCAGACACGUACAAAAAACACAUACAAAUAGUUAAAAUUUAACAGCCUGAGCAUCAAUGCUUGUAUCUUGUAUUUAAAAUGUUUUUCCAAAGCAAAAUUGAAACCAUGUGUGUAUAACCAUCAGGUUACAAAACUUCUAAUGUCAAUGGCAAACAUGUACACAUUUAACUUAAUAGAAAUCUGCAGCAGAAUUUGCAUUAGAAAGCUUUUGCAAAGAAAUAUGUUUGUGUCGGGGAGUAAGUUGAGCUCCGUUGGAGACUUAAGUUUUGAUUUGCUUGAAUUUUGAUUGACUUUUUGAUUUGCUUUUUAUUUUCUCAGCAUGUAGCACUUUUGAGGUGAACAAAUGAGCAUAAUGUGCCUGCUUGGCACACGCUGCCUUAUUUUGUCACUUUUAAGUCUAAUAGGUUUGACUGCAAUCUGCAUCCAUGUAAAUGAAAUUAUCAGACUUUACUAUUCAAUACAGAAUUAUAUAAGUAUUGAGUAAUAACAUGGAUAUUACUUCAUACUGUCUGGAUUUAGGUUGUGGAACACCUUACACACUGUCAUUGUUGUAUUAAAAUUAAUUACAUUUACAUGUUAUUUAUGCAUAACUGUAAAAUAAGACACUGCAAAAAUUAAUGCAAAUACACAAUUAGCCAAUAAAUAAAUAAAAACAUUGAAACUCA